AUGAAAAAGCUCUGUGGAGGAAAAGAUUUAUAAAAUGUUUAGAAAAGAUUGCUGAUGAUGACGCAUAUAAUGAAUUUCAGAGAAAAAAGGCAUCUCGUUUGAAGGAAAAGUAUUUUAGUGUAUAUUUCUUUUUUCAGAAUGGUCAAGACAGUACUAUGCAGCCAAAGGACGGUUCCGCUCCUUCCUGA